GAUGUCUCCGCGUUCCAUCUUCCUUUUCCAAACCACGUGGGCGCGCGCUGGGCACUGCGGGGCCACCACGGCCGUGCUGCGAUCAUAAACAACGAGGCGAUUCGCCUGCCUGCGAGCGCGCGGCGAGCUCUCCGGCUCGUGGUUGGCGGUGCUCGUUGCUACCUCCGCAGCGGCAGCAGUAGCAGCAACAGCAACAACAUGGCGAGCCAGUCUCACUCCCUCCUCAGUUAUGUUGGGUGCAACUUUUUGCGGCAGCGGCUGGUGCUUUCCACGCUGAGCGGCCGGCCGGUGAAAAUCCGCAAGAUCAGGGCCAAGGAUGACAACCCCGGGCUCAGAGAUUUCGAAGCAAACUUUAUAAGGCUGAUUGACAAAAUAACCAAUGGCUCUAGGAUUGAAAUAAACCAAACAGGUACUACUUUAUAUUACCAGCCUGGCCUGCUCUAUGGAGGGUCACUAGAACAUGACUGUAGUCCUAACCGAAGUAUUGGUUAUUACUUGGAAAGUCUUCUCUGCUUGGCACCAUUCAUGAAACACUCUUUAAGAAUUGUUCUCAGAGGCAUAACAAAUGAUCAAGUAGAUCCUUCGGUGGAUAUUCUUAAAGCCACUGCGCUGCCCUUAUUGAAAAGAUUUGGAAUUGAUGGUGAAGAGUUAGAAUUGAAAAUUACCAGGAGGGGUAUGCCACCCAAAGGAGGAGGUGAAGUGGUAUUUGUUUGCCCUGUUAAGAAAGCAGUGAAGCCUGUUCAGUUGACUGACCCUGGCAAAAUCAAGCGCAUCAGAGGUGUGGCCUAUUCUGUGAGAGUAUCACCCCAGAUAGCAAAUCGAAUUGUGGAUUCUGCAAGGAACAUCCUGAAUAAAUUCCUGCCAGAUAUUUACAUUUAUACAGAUCACAUGAAAGGAACCAGCUCUGGGAAGUCUCCAGGUUUUGGGUUGUCCCUUGUGGCAGAGACUACUAAUGGUACUUUCCUUAGUGCUGAGCUGGCCUCUAACCCCCAGGGAGAGGGUGUUGCUGUACUCCCAGAAGACCUUGGCACAAACUGUGCAAAGUUAUUACUUGAGGAGAUUUACAGGGGAGGCUGUGUGGAUUCAACAAACCAAAGCUUAGUCCUCCUCCUCAUGACCCUUGGACAGCAGGAUGUUUCCAAAGUCCUGUUAGGAACACUCUCUCCAUACACGAUUGAGUUUCUGCGACAUUUGAGAAGCUAUUUCCAGGUUAUGUUUAAAAUUGAAAUGAAACCAUCUGAUGAAGAGCAUAAAGGUGGCGAUAAAGUCUUAAUGACCUGUGUUGGCAUUGGAUUUUCAAAUCUGAGCAAGACAGUAAAAUGAUGAAGAGUCUGAAGAUUUUAAUGAAACAUGAACCCAUGUUUGUACAUUUAAAAGUGAACUAUCCUCAACUAAUACUCAGAAGGUAUUGGUCUGUUAUGAAACCUUCAUGCAAUUUUUGUCUGCACUGGAAAAAAAACUUACAAACUGUUUUUGGUGGGGUGUGUGUGUGCUUUGUUUCUCCAAAUCAGUAGUUGUGUUCUGUCUCAAAAACCCUUCUUAAAGAUCAUGGAAAGCAUUAUAGUUGAACUGAAGAACUCUGAUGCCCACAUUUGGCCAGACGACCUUGGUAGAACCUACUUGCAAGUCGUUAUGCUUAGUUUUGUAUGAUAUGUGCAUACCAAUCAUAGAACAGAACCAUUAAUCUAGUGAUCUGCUGCUGUUUCUCUUGUGUAAACAGCUUGUGAGAGAAUCUUAUUCAGGGGAGGUUGCCAUGCUGGACCUGCUUGCUUGGAAGACUUGUAGUUAGUACUGGACUGGAAAACAAAACUUUUACCAGCUGUUGUUUUUCUUGUAAGCAAGGUCCUGAGCAAUUGGUAGCCUCAAAUGGCCACCUGUCACUACUAAUGUUAAGCAUAAGGUGCUUCUCUGUUUUCUGUGAAGUCAGCGCUGCCCAUUAAUCUACUAUGCAAGAAAUUCUGAAAAAAAUUGUGCAGCAUGAUCUGCAGGACCAAUCAAUUGGAGCCAGUUGUGGUAACUGAAGAAUUGCUAUCCCACUCUCACUGUUUCAUUCCUACAUAAUGUCCAUUGAAAUAUAGGUAAUACUAUUUCUGCA